UCACAAUGUGGCGCGAAGACGCGUAUGGACGCCGGAGUGCGCGCGCAUUCAAGAAUACACUCUACGAAGAAGCGCAUCGCCUGGCGUUCCAGCGGUGAACUUACUUUUGAUGGCACUUGUGCGGGCUGUCUUCGUUGAGCUCAACGCUUUUCAGACGCGCGCAUAAAAAGAAAGACGUUUCGAUCGAGCGACUGCGCUUUCUAAUCAAAUGGCUUCCGACGAGGACGUGUCAGGCGACUGCCUGCAGCCGGUAGUCACUCCCAUCAAGAUUGACUGGCUAGACCUUUCGUCGUUCGGCUACCCCGACUCGCUCGGCCUUAGCGCCCUUCCCGGCUGCAGAUUCAAGGAGACGUGGAGGGACGUCGUGCGCGACGUCGAGUACCUCAAGCUGGAGGACGUCAGCGACGUGUUCGUGCUGUGCACGCGCGGGGAACUGUCGCUUUACAGGGUCCCGACUCUGCUCGCCGAGUACGAGAGCCACGGAAUGACCGUGCACCACUUCCCCGUGCUGGAUGGCACGGCGCCCGCCAUCGGCCAAAUGCUGGACAUUCUGCGCGAAAUCGGUGAAGCCGUUCAGCAAGGCAAACGAGCGCUCGUUCACUGCUUCGGGGGCCUUGGCCGCACGGGCGUCGUCGCCGCCUGCCUUCUGCUCAACUUGGACGACAGCAUGACGCCCGAGCGCGCUGUUCGCAAAGUACAGGAACUGCGGGGCACGCGCGCCAUACAGACAGUGAAGCAGUACAAUUUUAUACACGACUUCAGGCAGGUUCGGGACGAGUACCUGAAAACGACUGGCGGCAACACAAGUACAUAGACUCGUGCCGAACGCUGCCUUCUUAGCAGAAAUGGCCUUGCCACCGUCUACGUCGUGCUCAACUUUGGGAAGUACAAAAUGGGGGGCCCGGGUAAGCCGCUCAGAAAGCGCAAGAGCUGGAACGUGAUACUCGAGCCACGCAAACGGUGGAGGUUUAAAACCUUAUUCCUGGUGUUAUGAGUGCUUGAAACAAGUGUUUUAAAAGCGACAAGUUAAUAAAAUUUCUCCUGUUUCGCUAGCA